CCCAAACGUAAUUUGCGGUGAAUAAGGGCCCAAACUCACAUAUGCUGAAACCGCUAAACCCUGGACUUGCCUACUUCCCACCUCUCUCUCUCUCUCUCUCUUAAUGGCCACCAGGCGUUUGAGGGCAUUCAAGCGUUGGAUGAAAUCCAACGGAUUCGAAUGGAGCAAUGCAUUGGAGUUUGUAGACACCCCUGAACAAGGAAUAGCUGUUAAAGCAUUGUGCCAAAUGAAUGAAGGUGAUGUGGUUGCUAAAAUGCCAAAGGAAGCUUGUCUUACAAUCAAGACCAGUGGUGCAUGUGACAUCAUUGAAAAUGCUUGUUUGGGUGGUUAUUUGGGUCUUGCUGUUGCUAUCAUGUAUGAGAGAAGUUUGGGUGAGGAGUCUCCUUGGGCUGGUUAUCUUCAGCUUUUGCCUCAACAAGAGUCUUUGCCUUUGGUUUGGACUCUUGAUGAAGUGAGCCACCUUUUGUGUGGCACUGAGCUUCAACAGACAGUGCAAGAAGACAAAGCUCUUGUGUAUGAGGACUGGAAAGAGAAUAUUCUACCCCUGUUGGAUUCAGAACCUUCAAAGCUUAACCUGACGUUCUUCGGUGUGGAACAGUACUUUGCAGCCAAAAGUCUUAUUUCUUCUAGAUCUUUCGAGAUAGAUGAUUACCAUGGCUUUGGUAUGGUUCCCCUAGCAGAUCUAUUCAAUCAUAAAACGGGUGCGGAAGAUGUGCAUUUUACCGCUUUGUCUUCUAAUGAUGAAUCUGAAGACGAUUCUGACGAAGGAAUUGUUGAUGAAGAAGCAUUAGCUCAAAAUUCAUCUAUGGAUAAGACUGAGAAGGGUGUGGUUAGUGACACGGAGUAUUCUUCGGUUACUGAGGACGAUACAUCAAUGCUGGAGAUGGUUAUGAUAAAAGAUGUUAGCAGUGGAGCCGAGGUAUUUAAUACUUACGGCUUAUUAGGUAAUGCCGCUUUGCUACACAGAUAUGGAUUUACCGAGCAAGAUAAUGCGUAUGAUAUUGUAAACAUUGAUAUGGAGCUGGUACUUCAAUGGUGUACUUCUCUAUUCUCUGACCGCCACAGCAGAUCAAGAAUCUCCCUUUGGAGAAGGUUAGGCUAUUCCGGUGACAGCGAAAACUCAGAAUAUUUCGAGAUAUCAUUUGAUGGAGAACCGCAGAUUGAACUCGUCAUUUUAUUACACAUCAUAUUUUUACCAGAUGAUGUCUACCAUAAAUUAGACUUAACAGUAGCCGUUGCUGGAAAUUAUGAGACUAGUAUGAGCAAGAAACCAUUGAUGACAAAAGAAAUUUGCGCAGCUUUGUUGUCACUGGCUGAUAUAAGGGAGAGUCUCUAUGGUUUGAAAUCAAUGGAAGAUGAUGUUGAGGCGCUGGAAAGGUGUAGUUUUGUUGAAGACAGAAAGGUGUAUCAUUCUUUGGUUCUGCGUAUCAGUGAAAGGAAGAUCAUUCAAAAACUCAGAAAUUAUGCUUCAAAGUCAUGUAAGAUUACUAAACCUAGUUCUGCCAGGAAGAAGGUGAAAAGGACAGCAUAGAGAGAGUUGUUUUUUUCAUGAUAUAUUUAUGAUUUAUGAUUUAAUUUUUGGUGAAUGUUCACUUGCCUAUGCAAAGUAGCAAAGUGCGAGUAACUCUUAUUUUAGUCAAUUUUUGUAGACAUUAGAUUUCACUGGUUCAAGCAUCAAAUUAAUAAUUUUUGUUGAGUAGAUUAAAUUUAUAAAGUUUCAUAAAGUUCGAUUUAAUCUAUAAUACAAAUAAAAUGUUGAUUAUAAACCGAUACAACAACAUAUUUCCAAUUUCUGUAAUUUUUGGUAUGAACACAGAACAUUAGACUUUCAAUAGAAUCACACAAGUGUUACAAAUAUUUAACAUUAUUCUAUUGGGGCCAUACCAAAAAUAACGACUAACGAGAUUUAUAAUAGGAAUAAUGAAAGUUUCAUGGAAUGGAUCAUGUCUUUGAAUAUUAGUAUUGGAAAAGUAGUAGCUACUAGAAAUUAGUAAAGAAAAAAAACCAAUCAAAAACAGUUUGGUC